AUGGCUGCUGUUGAGUCUCUCGAGCCGCACAUUCGCGGCAUCAUCGAGGAUGCGGCCGCCGAUGGCGUCCCGUUCCGGGCCCGCGCCGCUCACUUCCACAGCACAUGGGCUCGCACGUUCUCCUCAUUACCCGAGCUGUACAUCCAGCCUCAGUCGCAGCAGGAAGUUGAGAAGGCAAUCAAGCUCGCUCGCAGGUGUCGGCGUCGCAUCACCACGGUCGGAUGCGGUCAUUCUCCCUCAGACCUGACAUGCACGAGUAACUGGCUGGUCAACCUCGAUGACUUCAGGAAAGUGUUGUCUAUUGACGAGGAGACUGGACUUGUGGUUAUGCAAGCUGGUAUCCGGCUCUGGCAAUUGACCGAGGAGCUGAACAAGCACGGUCUGUCAUUCCCUGUCCUGGGGAGUGUGAACGAGCAGAGCAUCGCCGGAGUCAUCAGCACUGGCACCCGAGGCAGCACCCUGAAAUACGGACUGAUCUCGGAGGCCAUUGCUUCUUUGAAGAUCACCCUGGCCAGCGGCGAGACGGUAAACUGCUCGCCGGAUGAGAACCCGGAUCUCUUCCGCGGCGCCCUCCUGUCCCUGGGAGCUCUGGGUAUCAUCACAGAAGUCAGCUUCCGAGCCGUCCCUGCUUUCAGUCUGAAGUGGAGACAGACCAUCCAGGCCGAUACCACCAUGUUGGAUGCUUGGAAGCAGAACAACAAACUGUGGACUCAGUCCGACUUUGUGCGGGUGUGGUGGCUGCCUUAUACCAGGAGAGCGGUAGUCUGGAAGGCCGACAUCGUCACGAAGGAGGACCUCGAAUCCGGAAGGGAGCAGAACCGUGACCCUCCCGUCGGUUACUAUGAUGGAUCUCUCGGCUAUCACAUCUACCACAAUCUCCUUUACCUGUCGCGCUUCGUCCCACGGAUAUUGCCAUGGGUUGAAUGGUUUGUCUUUGGCAUGCAGUACGGCUUCAACGACGGCUACACCACCGGAGCUAUCCAACCUAUGGACAAAGCUCUGUGGAUGAACUGUCUGUAUAGCCAGUAUGUGAACGAGUGGGCCAUCCCUCUCCACCGAGGUCCGGAAGCACUCAUGCGUCUCGGAUCCUGGAUCAACAAAUUGCAGCCGGGUGACCCCUACUACGUUGACCACGGCAUCCCGUACUCCGCGGAGGGCCUCUACAUCCACUCUCCCGUCGAGGUCCGCGUAUGCGACGCCAACGUCCACACCAGUGCCGAGCAGCGCAACCGCCCGUGGCUCGACAGCACCAUCAAGGACGGACCGACGCUGAACCUGAACGCGACCAUGUACCGUCCCUACGACCUGGAUCCUCCCGGUCUGAAGCGCUGGUUCCAGGGUUUCGAAUGGCUCAUGCGCGACCUUGGUGGCAAGCCCCAUUGGGCUAAGAACUUUACCGUCAAGAACACGGAGCUCGAGCAGUGGUAUGGGGACGACUUGACCCAGUGGCGACGGGUCCGCGAUGAGGCGGACCCCGACGGUUUGUUCGUUGGGCCCUGGCACCGUCAGCACGUCCUUGCUCCCAACCUGCCUGCCCUCGAGUUCGAGGAGGUUGAGAGGACAAGACAUGAUGCUGGUCGGGGUACUACUGUGUACGGCCUUCGCCCGCAAGCCGAGAAGCAGGAGUGA